AAAAAUUUCAAGCAGGAUACGCAUUAACUAAAUUAAACUAAUAUUCACUGAACAGACUCUGUUACGCGCUUACUUGAAUAACAACGGCACAAUGGGUUUGUUUUUGUCGAAAAUAGGUAAAUUGUUCGAGGAUUGGGGCACAACGCAGGCAAGGAUUGUUAUGCUAGGGUUAGAUGCUGCAGGUAAAACAACUGUUCUGUAUAAAAUCAAACUGAACGAGACCGUGUCAACUAUUCCAACGAUAGGGUUCAACGUGGAGACUGUAACACCCGUUAAGGGCCUCUCAUUUACGGUAUGGGACGUUGGCGGACAGGAUAAAAUCAGACCUCUGUGGAAGCACUACUUUCAAAACGUUGACGGUCUUGUUUAUGUUGUUGAUAGCGCAGAUCGGGAACGAAUGUAUGAGGCCCGGGAAGAGUUGUUCAGUAUUGUUGACAAUGACGAAAUGAGGGGCGUCCCUGUGUGUAUAAUUGCCAAUAAACAAGAUUUGCCUAACGCUCUUAGUUCAUCUAGUGUUGUAGAUCAACUGAAUUUACAUAAACUGAGCAACCGGAAGUGGUAUGUCCAAGCUGCGUGCGCAACUAACGGAGAUGGCAUUUACGAGGGAAUGCACCAACUUGCUUCAAUGGUUAAAGAGUUUAAAAAAGAAAAAAGUAGAGGAGCAUACUGAGUUAACACAGACAAUUGAAUGUUUACACAUCAAAUAUCAUUUUGGAUCGUCAAGAGUGAUGCACGCGCAAGCGCACAUGACACAUAUAGAUUCAUUUUUCAAAAUCAUACACGUGUGUGCAAUAAGAAAUAAGUGAUAUUAAGGACGAAAUUGACUGCCAUAUAUCUGCUGUAUUAUGUGGUAGAUUUUAAUCAAAGUAUUUGUGUUUCUGAUUCAACCAUUGAAUCUUUCAGCUCUGCUUUGAAUUUGGGACAGUCCAUUGUAACUUUAACAGUGAGAUCACUGUUUCUGCACAACCAGUGUCUUUUUAAAACUACACGGAUGUGCAGGCUUGCUAUUUAGAACUAUUUAUUGUUUUUAAGAAAUUUAUGGAUAAAAAGUAAAGUCUAGGAGCCAAAAAUGUAGAGCCUUGUUAAAGUUUACGGUUAGUCAGACUGGCCACGAUCUAUGCUUUGACUCUUUGAGCGUUGUGCUGCGAAGACAAACAAAUAGUGUCCAUCCCUGUAUGUUGCUAUUUUUGCCCUUGAGUUGGUAAAGAAAGUUUUUUGGGCUAAUCUUAAAAAGGAAAAAAGUUUUAGAGCGUUUUCCUAAGUUUUGAUCCUUCAAUAAAAAUUUGUAGUUUUUUUUAUCUUCUAUGUAAUAUCCGAAUGCUAGUACUCUGUGGAGAGUAAUUAUCUCCCUUCAUGCGCCGAAAAGUUGCGCAAAAAAUACCGACAACAUCUUUAAAAUCAUUAUAAAUUAGGCGAUGUAAAUUAAAAUAAUGAUUCAUGGAAUUCAUGAAAUUAUCUAAUGUUUUGAUAAUGAACGUGAUCAUUUUAAGUUUGAAUUAAAUCAGUCCGUACAUGUAUAUAUGUAAAUAAAAUGUUCUUAUUUAUAAUGCAUAUUGAAAUGCAUGUAUAUUUUUGUAAAUAUUAUUAUUUAACAUGUUUUCAUA